CGUCUAUGCCAACACCAACAUGAGCGCCACCCCAGCCGAGAGAGAACCCUUGCUCCCAAGGCCGCCAGUCAAUAUCAUAUCGUUCAAACCCAACGAUCCAGAAGACCCACGCAACUGGUCGACAGCGCGAAAAUGGCUCAUGGUCGCUGCAAUAAUACCCAUAGAUCUCAGUGUCUCUUGGGGCGCAAGCGGGUUUAGUCCUGUAGCGAGCGACUUUGCAAAAGACAUGGGCGUAUCACCAAGCGUUGCGUUGCUGGGGCUGAGCAUGUACGUGCUUGGAUUGGCCUUUGGACCAACGACGCUGGCGCCACUGUCAGAGUACUAUGGAAGAAGGCCCAUCUACAUCUUGUCGUAUGCAAUCUUCCUGCUUUUGCUAUUGGGAACGACAUACGUUGGGAGUCUAGGCGUUUUCCUGGUCCUGAGGUUCUUUUCCGGCUAUUUUUCUUCGACAACCAUAUCCAACUUUGGCGGUACUAUCGCGGAUCUUUUUCACCACAAUGACACAGGGCCGGCCAUGUCGUGGUUUCUCUGGGCGGCCACCGGCGGAAGCCCUACUGGAUUUGUGCUCUUCUCCUUCAUCGCACAGGGCCGAUCGUGGCACAGCGUGUUUCGCGUCAUGCUACUGAUCUGCUUUGUGUUUUGGAUUAUCAUGACUACGGUGCUCUGCGUUUUGGGAGAGACUCGACACAGCGUUAUUUUGCUGCGAAGGGCAAGAGAGUUGAGUCAAGCAACAGGAGACGACAGUUUGGAGUUGCCAGACGAGCUGAAGCAACGAGGAGUGAAACAAUUAUUCGGAACCGCACUAGCCAGGCCUUUCCGAUUCUUAGGUAGUGAGGCCAUUGUUCAGUUUGGUGCUCUUUACAACGGAUUCUUGUACGGCCUUUCCUUCUUGUUCAACGGCGCAUUCCAUAUGAUUUUUGGGCCUGAUGGAUAUGGGUUUGAUACAGUCGGCGUGGGCAUCUGCUUUCUUGGGAUUGUCGUCGGCAUCACAGUCGGUCUCAUGACUAACACCUUUCAAGAAAAAUACUAUCAACGGCGUGUGGCUCAAGCUGACCGUCACGAUGUCCCAGAGGCAAGGGUACAUUACGCGGAAGUAGCUGCCAUCGUGCUGCCAGUAUCGCUUCUGGCUUUCGCACUCACAGCUAUGCCGCAAAUACACCCGUCGUUUGCAGUGGUUGCUAGCGCAUUUUGGGGCUGGUCUUUUUAUACCCUAAUACUCAUGACCCUCACAUAUACGGAAGAUGCCUACAAAACAUACUCUGCAUCGGCGCUUGCUGGCAUUGGACUAAUUCGCAAUCUGGCUGGAGCUGGAUUUCCACUGGUAGGAAGGCAUCUGUUUCUGAACAUGGGCACGAGAAACGCAAGCCUAGUACUCAUGGCCCUCGCGAUUUGCUUAGCACCUAUACCGUUUGUACUCGAAAAGCGAGGAGCGUCACUACGCAAAAGAAGUCCUUGGGCAAGCGCGCACGAAGAUGAAAGUGGAAGUGAUUAAUGUUCAACAUUCGACGUCCUGGAUAUUCUGGCAUUGCGGCCGCUCGAUUUCCUGCAUGGUACAUAGAAAGCGGCUGUGGCAGAGCGAAUCAACGAUUGGA